AUGGAGAAUAUCGUGGAGGGCGUGGAAGAGGGUGAUUGUGCUAUCGGAUUAUUUAUUGGUUCUUGGUCUGCGUACUUCAGAUGGGGUUAUGGAUAUCACAAAGCCGAUCUACCUCCUGAGAUUCAGGCCGCAUCCACACCAAAAAUCUGUUUCUGGCUCAAUCAGAUCUUCUUCAAGGCCACUGCUGGUGUCGUCAAGCUCUCAAUUUGCACAAUCUACAUGAGCAUCUUCAAGGACCCCAUUCUGUGGCAGAUAAGAGUGGUGAGAUACUGCAACUUUGCCCUCAUGUGUGUUAUCGUCAUAUACUACACCUCGGGCACUCUGGUAUCGACUUUCCAAUGCAGACCAAUCCACAAAGCGUGGCUCAAAGAUGUGACUGGCGAGUGCAUUGACAAUAACAAGUUCCGCGUAGCAAAUGCCUACAUCAAUGCUGUCACAUCUCUUCUCCUCGUCAUUAUGCCUUAUCCUGUCUUGUUGCGGACGAAUCGACGCAAGGAAACAUGGCAGUUCCUCGGUCUUAUUGCUGUUGGCCUAUUGUAA